CCCAAUGACCAUCAACUGACUGAAGGUUUCCGUUUCAAUUCGUCUUUGAAUUCAUAUGAUUCAGUGGUCUAAAACUAUUCUUAAACACGCAAAAAUAUGAGGACUGACAGGCUUCAUUUCUGGUUACUGUUUUAUUACUUGCUAAACGAUUUUGAUCUGUUUUUGUUGGGACCUUAUCGUAGCAUUUAUUCGGUUGAAGCCGAUGGAGCCGGGAUGAUGGACAAUUCUUCACGUUCACAGAGAAAGCCUGACGAUACUCAAAGGCAAAAAUUGUUAACAGCGCUUCAAUAUGUGGAGAAGAUUCAGAGGCAAAUGUCGAAGAGUUUGAAUUGUACGCCUAAUCAAUCUGUUAUCCUCGAUAUCGCUUUUCAGCAUGCUCGAUGGAAGAGCGAAGCCCUGCUUGCCGUAAAAGUAGCAAAUCUCUUGACUUCAUUAUGGCGAGUAAGAAACGCGAAUGACUCCUCCAUGGCGGAGAAUGACACUUUUCUUUAUAAUCUCGUUCGAUCGAACGUUCUUUUUUCGCCUUCCGUUUUCGGCUCCGUCAUUUGCUUUGAAAAAAACCAGUACAGGGACUACGUGAUGUUUUGCCCGUAUGCGUUCAGGGACAAAAAUUAUGGUGGUGCUGUCCAUGUUAAAGACAUUUCCGUCGGUCAUAAUUAUUUAACAAGUCCAGAAACCAUUUGGUGGCGGGAGCCACGAGAAAUAAAUUUAAGGCGAUCAUCGAAGCUCCGCAAGGAUACUGAUAUAUACACUGUUCGACAUAACCAAACUACCGCAGAGUCUCGCCGUAACGUUUCGGUACCAGUCGUAGAAUACGAUGCUGAUGGUUUCUGGACUCGUCCCUACUUCGAUUGUUUUGGCGGAGAAAUCUGGAUGAUCACAUUUUUAGCGCCGUUUUUUAACGAGUCAAAUCAAUUUCUGUGAGUAUUUGUUUCUUUCCUUGUAUGUUAACUUGUCAUGACGUGCUUGCUAUUGCGUUAUACAUGUAGUUACGUAUUACAUAGUAGUUAUUCGCCUCAUUUAAGCGCUGGAAGUAUAGAGCAGACUGAUUGUUCGAAAAGACUUAUCAUUUAUUUAUGAAUCUGUUGCAUUGGAGACGGCAAUCAAAGCUAGUACAAAUUUAUUUAGAAAUGAAAAAAAAAAGGAGUUGUGCGUUUUUCUUUAUGGAAGGCAAGAUAGUUGAUAUUGUGCGGUUGUUUUCCUCUUGAGCAAUAUAAUUUUCCGAAGUAUCUUGAACUUGAAGAUUUGGUAAAUACCGAAACAUCAUAAAUCAUUUUCAUUUAAGAAUGUAAAUUUUGAGGUAGCGCCAUAAAAAUGAAUACAAUAGAUGAAAACCGAAAGAAAAUAAUUACGGUUCAUAUAACUUUUACAUGGCUUUUGGCACGUAUAAUCGUUGAAAAGAUUAGUAUAUUUAUAAUCUUUAGCUUUUGGUGGUGAGUGUGUGGGAAAUGAUUGAUGCGGAAUUACGUGUUUGCGAUGCAAAUCUGUCCACAGAAGUUUGACCAGACCAUUAAAGUUUAAAAAUUUCAUUGAAAAUAAUGGUUCUAUAGAAAAUAAUUUGAAAAGUUAACAUGCCGUGGGGUAAAUUAAGGUAAAAUGUUAAGCAAAUUUCAGUGAGAAGUUGGACAUAUUUUAUAUAACAGGCUUAUUAAAAAAAUAACCCGUUAUGAUCGGUAUAAGUGUAAGCGUGUCCAACAGCAAUUUAUAACCCAGUAUUUGAGCAAACAGUUGAUUGAAACCAUCGUUAACAAGAACGAACGGCAAUGCAUGUUGCAGUCUUUAAAUCCUCAAAAGCUGUCUCAUUAUCUUACAGCUGCUAAGACAUACUUGUUCAAUAGCGACAGGCCUAAGAGGUUUUGGUUUACUUUGUCAAAAGAAGAUCAAAGCUAAUUUUUCUUUUUUUCCUACGCAUUUAUUUUAAUUUUUUUUCCUCUGUUCAUUAUCUAGGCAGCGCUGUUUCAUUUUAAUCGUAUCAAGUUAAAACGCGUUUAUUUCUAUAUUAGAGCCCAAUUUUGCGGCUGAAACAUGGUUUUACUGGUAUGAAUCACCACUGGAAUACAGUCAUCAAUACUACCGUGUGAGGAGAGAUCGGGACCAUAUUUCCCUGUCGAUUCGGUUUUCUUAGUUAAGUCAGGAUAUUAGAUAAAGCCAGCUUAUCUAGGAAAUCCUGGGAAGGUAUAUGACUUAUAAUUGGUCAUCGAACGGGCACAGAAACUUGAUAACAUGGCGGACUCUAACUAACUACCUACAUUUGGCCGUAGGCAGAAAACGAGCGGUACGAAAGAGCGAAUUGAAUUUUCAUAGUCCAGAAAACAAAAGAAAAGGAAAAAGAAAAAGAAAGAAAGAAAGAGGAAAGUGGGAAGUUUUCACUUUCUGGAUCUUUACUAUCAAAUAGAAGAAGAAGUAUUUGAGGGUGGCAGUCGCCUUCUGUUUUCAUAAAUAAUAUUUUAGAUUGGUUUUUGACAUUGCUAUUAUUGCCUCGUUCCCGCUGGGGUAAUAUCAGUGGGUACGGUGAACCCGCUUAUUUCCAUACCAUUUAUUCUACAGUUACGGCAUGGAAAACAGGUUGCCCUCAUUAAGAAAUUUUUUUUCAACAUUUCCUUUUCUUUUCGCUCUUUUUAAUCCUCCAAAUCUAAUUAUUUCUGCUUUUAAACGCGUUCCGAGUUUGAUUUUCUCCUUCAAAAUCAGCGUCUUGCUAGCUUGAAGAAUCAUGGGAAAAUUAAGUUCUACCUGUCUCGUUUUCUACCGUUUCCAACCUAUGCCUUCACUCGCGUCUUUUAUUUGGAUUUUCCAUUAGGCUCUCUCGAUGAGUUUUAAUGCCCUUAAAGCAAUUAUUGCAUUACACUAACAGCAAGGUCAUAUUGAUUUGCGAAGAGUCUUCGCCAAUGAAUAUGAUUUAAAAUCAACAGAGCGUGCGUAUUUUUAUGCUGAAACCCAUCUGCUUUAUAAUUACGCACAGCGAACCCUUACGACGGGAAGCUUAUCUAUUAUUUUGCGCCCCAUACUGCGGACUUUUUAAAAGGCAGCUUUUGAGGUGGGUAUAGGGGUGAGGACAUAUUAGGAAGUGAGGGGGAGGGGGGUUAUAGAUCAAGGAAUACGGUAUUUGAAAGUUACAUGAAUGUGCAAGCAAAUGUUAUCAGGAAAAGUCGUUUUUACUAGAUUGGUCUGUGGUUAGCUACAAUUAGCGAGAUUAUCGUCCGGCUUAAAGCUUUAAAGCGAUAAAACUUAAAUCCCAUCAUCUCUGUGAUGGUUUUGAACAUUGUAACAGUAGAUGAGCACUACGUUCUACUUUCAAGACCUUUGACCUCUGAGCAAACACACUGAUUGCUUGCGAAAACUUGUUUCAAUACCCCAUUUCCGUUCAGUACAGCUAAACGUUUCAGUAGAUGGAAAGACGAUUUCAGUUUUUAAAAGGGGUGAGGCAUAAAUACCCAUGGUACUGAAUACUGUUGUGUGUUGUGUUUCAAUGAUGAUAAUGAUAAUCAAACUACCACUACUGCUACUACUACCACUACCAAUACCAUUACUAUUACCACUACCACUACCACUACCACUACCACUUCUACCACCUUCACUACCAUCCGUACAUUUCUCUCAUCUGGAAAUAGGAGACGAUUUGUAAUGUGGAAUUCUUUAAAUUCUCCCUGACCAUCCUAGAUGUAAUACACAUUCUUUUUUUUCAGGAAAUGUCAGAACCAAACCUCGGUGCCUUUAAUUUGAUUCCCAAUUUCAUUUUACUUUCUAAUUUUUCGCGUUCAAUCUUUAUGUUUUUUUUAGAUUUACUUGUUUAUUUAUUUAUUUAUUUAUUUAUUUAUUACUUAUUUCAGGGGUGUAGUGAGUAUAGACGUUGAGCUGAGCAGUAUUGAUAUAAAUCAGUGCGAUGCUCAAGAUUCUAAGGAAGAAAUUGGUGACGGGAAAAAUGGGAAAAGUGACAGAACAGGAAGCACAGAUUCGGUGAAGCUUCUUGAGUUUAUGGGCACUCACAAGUGCAAGAAGUCGACAAAGGUAAUAAAUCCCCUCCAGAAAUGACGAUUGUUUCAUAUUAUCUUGGUUACAUUUUAAGCAAGAUGCAUUGUAAAAUAAAGUCUUCUUCAGGUCUUGUCUAGAUGUGGCAUAGCCUGAGAAAACAGCCGUGGACAUUCCGCGACACCACUACUGCAUGGUUUCCCUGCGAAAUGACGCCUAAGAAACAAGCGCAGAAAUGCCAUACUGAUAACCCGUCACUACCCAGAUCUAGGUAGUAUUUCUGGUUGGUCGCACAGAGUAAGAAAUUUGCUUCAACCAAUCAGAUGCACUAGCCACAUCUGGGCAGUGAUUCGUCAUCUGUAUGGAAUUUCUAAGCUCGUUUCUCAGACGUCGUUUCGCGGGGAAACUAGUGGUGGCGUCAAGAAAUGUCGGCUAUUUUCCCAGGAUAGAUAUGGCAGUACGACAGCAUAUUUCUGUUUUUUGCUUAUUGGUGUCCUUUCUUCGUUUCUCUCUUUUGUUUUCUUUCAACCGCAAAUUCCAAUUACAGUUGACUCCCGAUAACUCGAACCCUCACUAACUCGAACCUCACGCUAACUCGAAACAAAAUCGAUUUCCCCUGGAUUUACGUCAUACAUUUACUGUGAUUUUACCCUCGGUAACUCGAACCCUCGAUAACUCGAAACUCCCGCUAACUAGAAGUAAUUUUUGUUUCCCCUCAGAUCAUUUCUAUAUAAUCUUACCCUCGAUAACUCGAACCAUGUUUUGAGCUCUUAAAAAGUCGAGAAAAAACAGUGUACUGGCGUCCGAAACGUAGAAUUUUGAAUUUCCCACUGACGUGUUGUAGGCAUAUAGUUUACUCGUGGAUCGAUAGUGGAGGCUGAUGUUGUUUGCCACAAAUCUAACGUGAAAUAGCUUUACUUCUCAAAAAGUAAAAUGCAUGCUCUAUUUAGGCAACGUUUUGUUACUUUGCGUUCUGAUUAAUAAUCUAAAAAUAUCUUUCAAUUUUCACUCAACAUUUCUACAAUUAAGUGUGAUUGAAAUGCCCACUGUGCAGUAAAAACUGUUUUUUCCUUACUCCCGGCUAUUUUCUUCGAGCUCCCGAUAACUCGAACUCCCGAUAACUCGAACCUUUUUCGAUUUCCCUUGAAGGUUUGAGUUAUCGGGAGUCGACUGUAGUCAGUUUCGAGUGUCGACGACGUUACCCUUCACUUGCAGCUAGCCGAAGAACAGCCACUUACAAAGUACUUUGAAUUGUUUGAUAAUGCAGGAGGUAGCGUGUCCGAGUGAUAAGAGCUCUGGACCCUCAGAUCCUGAGUUCGAGUCCUAGGCCAAGCUUGUAAAAUACCCAGCUGGUUUGCCUCUUGCCUGUUGUGAUACUUAGACCCUGUUUACAUGGAGUGGAGGACCCCGGUCUAGUGGGGUAAGUUUCUUUUGUUUUGUGUCCUCCAGAGCGUGAAAACAGAAGAAACCAACCCCACUAGACCGGGCUCCCUCACUCCAUGUAAACAGGCCCUUAAUCUUGUUACGUUGCAUUUGAAUUAUUAUUUUAUUGAUUUCCUCGGCCUCAUUACCCUUUGCUGCCUUUGUUUUCGUAUGCUGUUUACAUUUUCAAAUAACGAUAAAAAUAACACAAAAAACGUCUACAAAGCUUUGAUAACAGUGGAAAAAGCUCAAUUUGAAUUUGCCUAGACUGUUCACAGUCCUCUAUUUUUCCGUAAGAUCGUCGAGAUCGAGCGCUUUGCGUUACGGGCUGCCAUCUUAGAUGAGUGUCAAAACUACUUAGGGGGCGGGGGCGGUUUGGGAGGAAGCGAGAAAAAUAGAGGGACUGUAAUAACAUCACUGCAGCUCGCGUUCAGGAGGCGUGACAGGAAUUUCACGCCUUUUACCAUUCAUUAAUUAAGAAACUCCGCCGGUGAUGAAAAACAUGCCAGACACAUUUAGCAUCGAUUACGCGUGUCUACAAAUAUCUCCUAGGGAAACGGUGAUUUUAUAAUGUUUUUAGGCCCAUUCCUCGAAAUAAAAUCGGCAAACACACACAAGAAAACAUUUUUCUAAUCAAAAUACCAAAAUUCCUUCGUGCUUUUGCGCAAGAUGUGCCUUGUGGUAUGAAAGCGUACGUUUUAUGGAAAUAUCGACUUGUCAACGACUUUUCAGUGUCGGCAACUUAAACUAAACCCGUUGUCAACGCAAAUAAACAUCCAUUGUCUAAUGACCAAUCAAAGGCCUGCGUUGCUGGUACAACGCGCUCCGUGAACGCGAGCUGCAGUGUUGUUAUUACAGUCCCUCUAUUUUUCUCGUCCCCCCCCCCCACCAGAGCUAUAAUCCCCGACACCCCCCCCCCUCGGUACAUUUGAAAAUCAAGAUGUAGCCGUGACGGUACGACGCGGUAUAUCUAAACGAUCUCACGAAAAAAUAGGGGACUGUGAACAGUCUAGAAUUUGCCCGGCGCACCGCAUUUAAAUCCCAUAUUGAGCUAGAAGUGGUAUGAUUACCUAUGCAAAAAGGACGCGGUGCAAUUUUCUUUGUUGUGUUUCAGUGCGAACCGAUCCCCAAUAACGGAUUCAAACGAGGUAGUUAUCGUUGCACCUGCAAACCAGGAUUCUAUUUCCCAGACAUCAACGCAAACUUGAAAGCUUUCAACGGCAGCAUUAUCGAAGAAGAGUAUGACAAAAAGAUGAAAGGACUCCAGACAGACUACAAUGACAAGUUUCAUUGCAUUCCAUGCAGCGAGGGUUGUGAGGAAUGUACGGACGGCAGCCCUUGUAUUUACAAGGAACAAAUAAUUCCUCGGAUAGUCCUUAUCACUGUCAAUGGCUUAGCUGCCAUGAUGGCUGUUAUGAUCGGAGUUAUGGUAUUCUACUUCCGGGACAGUAAAGUAAGUAAUAGCUGCUCGGUUCGUUCGUUUUUAAAUUCAGACGGCAGGUCAAGGUAUUUCAGUGAUAUUUCCUAGUUUGGCUAGCUAAUUAUAUCCCAACUAAAAAAGGAUUUUGUUUAUGUUUAGAGAUAGGCUUUGAUAGAUUGUGCUAGCAUAUUUUUUGGCAUAAUUCGGUCAUCACAAGCAUAAUUUUCACCAGUUUCCUGAAAAAAGCACUGCUAACAUAAUUUUCACUUUUGUUUAGUUUUGCAGCACAAAAUUGUCAUUCAUCGAUCAAGCAACCACUUUGUUUGGCCCGAGAUUAAUGUUACAGGCUAAUUUAAGUAACAAAAUCAUUGUUUUGUCUGCUUAUUGUCUGUUUAUUCAUGGGACCUGGAUCCCACAGGAAGUGACCCAGGAUUCUUUCUACGGGACUCGGCGCAUGCACAUAACUAGCUCGGUUACCCAAGAUGGCGCCCGAGUGCUAGUUGUUACCGAUUGUUAAUUGUUUGAGUUUUUACAGCUGUCUGACAAAGAAUUGUGCAUUCUUAAAGUUUCUUGAUAUAAAUAGGGUAAAUGUGUUUGCCAUUUACUUCUUUGCUGCAUAGUUAUUGAGGUGUUUUAACCAAAUUUAAACUAAACAAGGAUAAUGUCAGCAGUUGUCACUAAAAUGAGCAUAAUUUACAAAAACUAGCAUAAUUAUUGGCAUAAAUAUACGAGUAAUUCUAGUAGCAUAUUGUGCUACUUUUGCGAGCACAGUCUAUCAAUUAAGCCUUUUUAGAAAUCACUUCAUAAUAAUGAAUAAUUAUACCAGAGCACCAUGGGUAAUAAAAUUUGUUUACCUAUGCAUGAACGUACGUCCGUCCGUAUGUUAGCGGAAUAUGAUAUGUCACACUUUCGCUUUGGGGUCCAAGGAAUAUCCAAUCUGUUAAUCUUAAUCCUGGGUAUCUAUGUCAAUUGAGAAUGGUCCAAAAAGGGUAUCCGCAAACCAUUGUUACAUAACUGUAUCGCGGGCUUAGGUGUGGACGUGAUUUUUUUUAAGGUUCUCCGUUCACCAGUUAUGUUUUCAAUUAAUCGCAGGCUCAGGUUCAUUUUUUUUUAGGAGGAGUUAAGUUAGCUUCUUGCUUAUGGCAAAAGCUGAAUCACUACAGAAAGAAAUUUCUUAAAAGAUCCCUCAAUAGCUUCGCUUUUGGCCUUGGCUAAAUCUUUACAUUAGUUAUUCUUCUCUCGGUCAGGUAUUUGAUGUGGCAAGUCCUGUUUUUCUGGAAAUUCUUCUUGUCGGUUCUGUUUUCAUGUAUUCAUCGGUAAGUCGUGCGACUUUCACUGUUUUUCUCCUUAUUUCGUUCUGCAUUACUCUCAUAUUAAUUUUUUUUUUCUUUUUUUUAAACCAAUGAUUCAAACUUUCUGCCUUAGUUGGCGGCAGCUUAUGUUGGGCCCUCCUCUUUGACCUGUACGAUAGAAAUUUGGUUGUACCAGUGUGGAUUCUUUGUUGUUUAUGGAACCAUUGUUUUGAAAAUUUGGAGGUAAGGCUCAUGCACUCGACAAUUUCGUUGAUGUUUUUCUGUUACUCCUACAAGGAAAAUCUAUUGUUGUGUUUACACACCCCUUCUUAAAAAAAGAGUAACAAAGGCAGUAAUGAUGAUAACAAUAACACUACCCUGUACAUGACGUUGUCUUCUUUUCGUUCCGAAAAUCGACGAGCACGCUGUUACAAAUUAUGUGUGAUACAGUCAGUUCUCUGUAGCUUUAAUUCUUCACUCCCUUGAAAGUAUAUUUCUUGGCAUGUUCAUAUUUUAGAAUUCUGUACUCUGUUCUACACUUAAGGUGGCUGAACACAGUUUUGCGUGCGGUCAGCGGUAACUCGCAUGACGGAAAGUGUUUUAACGUAGACAAACAAACAUGGCGGCGAAAAAGCAAUGGUAAACAGAAGGCGAUUUCUCAAAAUCUACUCAUUAAAAUUUUGUGAUAUUUGGAGGAAUUUUUACUUUUAUCGUAUCUUAGAUAAUGAGAACUUUAAAAUAAAAGUUGAACAGAAGAUUUUUGUGACACAUUUAAUAAUUACAGUACAAUUAUAUUACUGAUUAUCUAAAAACCCCUAUGUUAAAAUUUGGUCAAAUAAGUUUCAAAUGGUAAUGAUUAAUUAUAGUAAGCUAUGUGCAAGUUUAUACGAAAAUCUUAUGAGUGAAUUUUCUGUAAACUGAGCGAAAGUGAAAUUUUAAGUUAGUAUUCAAUCGUUCAUGUUGCCAUGGAAACUACGAAAAUGUCAAAUUUUACCUGUCAGUGAAAAUCUUUCAUCAGUAUAUUUUUCACUUGCGAAGUUUCAGCUUGUGAGCUGCAACCCUUCUCUUGCCAUGAUUUGGCGAAUGACAUUUACUCACAAACUGCUAAAACUGUGUUCAGCCACCUUAAACGAUUCAUCGACAUCAAUUCGCGUAAAAAUUCGAUGAUCUACACUCAAUCUGCACACUCGAUCAGCUCCACGACUCCGAACGACUACACAGUUCCAAGACUCUUGCACAAAGUUCAGUUCUCAGAUCACGUGACGAGUUUUCCCGCCACAAUGACGCAAUAUUUUUCUAACACACGCGAGCGAAGCGGACGCGCGUGGGCGAGCGCGGAGCGUCCCACCCCCUUUACGCUAGUGGUUAAAAAUCCACCGCGGUUUUUAUUUUCAUACGCUCACUCGACGAUCUCUAUAAGAGAAAAUAUAGGGUCUGUGAACAGGCCAUAAUAAUACUCUCCAUCAAGUAUACUUCUACUUAUUUAUUACCCUAAUCCUUAGGAAUUUGCUCGCUUACUACGUUGUAUUAUAAAAUAAAGUUAAAGGAGAUGAUUUAUAGUAAAGUCGCUCCCUGACGAGGUCGUUGCGAGUUCAACUACAUUCUUUUAAAUUCUUUGCCGGUUUUUCUUCUCCCGGUCGAGAUUUUUAUUCCAUGUUACGACGGCAGCGGAUCGUGUUCGUUUUCAUUUGAUAGAGCAGCUGACUGCAUUUCCACUUUUUGCAUUUUGUUGUUGUGUUGUUGUUUCAUUUUAAAACCUUUUACUUUCUCUCAGAGUAUCAGCUUCUUUCCGUGUCCGUUCUCCAAGGCGAGUUGAGGUGACGGAAGGCAUGAUGGCUGGCCGUUUGGUUAUCUUGUUCUCUUGCCUUGUUAUUUACCUACUCGUGUGGACUUUGCUAAUGCCUCCUCACGUCAUUACCAAUACCAGCGUGCUGAGAUUCAAAAAGUGCUCUCUAGGUGACAUGAAUUACGUUAACUUUUGCGGUGAGUUCAAAAUACAGAUUAGAGACGUAUUGCUGACGACAAAAACGAAUCAGCGACCCUCUCAGAUUAAAAGAUAAAAUAGUUAUUAAAUAACGUUUUUGCCCGGCAAUGCUGAUAAUACGUACCCUGACCUUGAUUGUUUCUGAUAUUACAAAACCCUUAUCUAAUAAUUGUUUUAUUAUACAAUGCAAUUGUUUUAUUAUACAAAAUGAAAUAAUGACAAAAGCACCGUCGCACCGUCGAAAUUGAUCUUGGAGUCAUACAUUGCAAGCAACCUUCUGCUAAGUUAAUUAUCUGGUAGCAGAUAACUGACUAAUGUGUAGGUAAUGUGCUGUUAUUCAAAAUUAACUGUAAGCUCUUAGUCAAUGACGAGACACAUAGACAUACUUGUAUUCGUGAGAGGACAUAGUUUAUCUCGUGCUUUUGCUUUGUUUCUUUUUUUUUAUCUUUUCCCGAAGUUUUAAACAAAUUAUGACCUCCUCUCCAAUGUAGUUAUUUUCCUUUUUGACCUUGCUAUGUUUACUCGUAUUAUUAGUCUACUUUUCUCCAGAGCACUGAGAAAACAGCUGACAUUUAACCACGCCUCCACAGGUUUUCCCGCGGAAUGACGUCUGAGAAACGGGCGCACAAAUUCCAUACUGCUGACGCGGCUGACGUGUCUAUCCAGAUCUGGGUUGUAACGCGUUUAUCAAUAUGGAACUUCUGUGGUCGUUUCUCAGACGUUAUUUCGUGGGGAAAACAGUAAAGGCGUCGCGAAAUGUCGGCUGUUUUCUCAGGCUACAUGGCAACUAUGUUUUACUUCACCAGUGACUGCGCGCUUUUCAUAAAAAACAAAUGAAUACAUAUGGGCUAGACACUUAGUACAUGUACAUUCAUCAAUGUAAUACUUCCCCUAUUUAAUUGUGUUUUUUUAAUCAUUCAUACUAUCCAGGUAAUUUUAUUCUUUUGGCGGUUGCCUUGUUUCUUUGUUUCCGCGUUCGCAAUGCACCAUCGGCCUACAACGAAACAAGAUUUACCACUUGGGCUGUCUAUAACGCCAUGUUCGUCACGUGCUUUGUUGCUGUAUUAAGGUAAGUUAAAAGUGGUUGAAAUUGUUCAGUGCCUCUCCUUAGAAAUGAUAAAAACCUCCAUUUAUGCCUGUCAGACACGUAAUUGAAACACCUUUUGUUUCAGAUUUCUUACUGCGAACAACACCAAUUCCGACAUUCUGUUCGCCACAAAGUUUAUACUGAUUCAGAUGACAGCUACAGUCACGUUGCUGUUAUUGUUUUUACCGAAGGUAACUGAUUUUAAAGUGUGUUUGUUUGCUUGUUUUUAUCCUGAUUUUUGAAUAAGGCCUCCUUCGUUUUUGUCUCCGGUUAAGCCUUCCAUCAACACGAAACAAAUCAAACCUAGUACUUGGGCGUCGGCAACGUGCCCGAAUUCUAGCGUGGUUGCUUGAAAAAGGGGAGUGUUCACAGUAGUGUCCAGCGAUUACUGUACUUGUGCACCGUGCCCGGACACCUAGUGUGAAUGCUGUCCAAUAUUCCCGUUGUAACCCCCUUCGGCUGCUGAGGCAACUGGUAUGCAACAAGGAUAAAAACUGAGGUUUUUAACCUACACCAGCGUAGAUGAGUUGGUCACGAAUGUUGACUGUGGUUCUGGAGUAUCCGUAAUGAAAUUGUCCACGUGUCAGAUCUGGCGAUCAUAUUUGUACUCGAGUAGAGUAGAACAAUUUGAAAACGCUCCUGAAAUUAAAUAAAAAAGACAACGCAUAGUUACAUAUCGUACUGGCCCGGGUUUUUUAAAAAUUUGGAUAGCGCUAUCCACCGGAUAAAUUACUAUCCAGCGGAUAACUAUUAGCGAAACCAGUUGCGCUAUUCAGUGGAUAGAGAUUUAUCUAGUGGAUAAUGUUAGUGUGGAGAGGUCCUAAGGCACUCAAAUAAACAAGUAUGAAAAAUAAAAAAUUGUUAAGGUUUUGCUAAGUGGCAGUUUUUUUUAUUAAUUCGUUAAUAGCUUGUCUUACUACGUAAAAUGCGAGGGAAGGAGUUCAGCCGUCGUUUAACUGAAAUCAGUCAUGAACCAAGAAGCUCAAUCCAGACCUCCAACGGAAGUUAUUUAUAUGAUGCAUCAUCACUGGAAAGAGAAAACGAGGAUUUAAAGGUAGUUUUUGUUUAGAACGUUUUCUCUUUUAUCCAGAAUUGCCCCACCCUGCAAACAAUGCCUUUCUUUUACUCGUUCGAUUUGGUGUAUUCUGCGUGAAUCGGGUAAAAUCUUUGUUGAGCAUGCGCGACAUGUUGCUAGGAUAUAGUUUCAAACCCAGGCCUAGUAGCCGUUUGCUUGAUAUAUCGGGCUCAGUCAUGGCCAUCGGUUUAUCAAUAAAUGGAUGCUCAUACUCGGAAAACCAUUAUGGCGAGAGAGAAGAAGGUCAACUAGUCCUGAAAUUCGAGCUGCGGUGACUAAUAGCCUUGACGCGAUUCUGAAAGAUCCUCCUUUUCUUCUUCUCAUUUGUAAGGCUACGAUUCUUUAGAAUAUCCCAAAAUACCAUUCACAUUAUAGUCAAUAGGAUUAUAGACAAUUACCCAUUGAUAGCUUUGCUUCACGUUGACAAUCAUUAUUCCUCACGCAAUCCAGUCUUAGUAAUCCAUCACGCAAUUAUCUAGUUUGUAAUGAAAAUGUAAUUUAUGUCUUUUUUUGUUUGUUUGUUUGUUUGUUUUUUUACAGGAGGAAGUUAAGAGACUAGCCAACAAAGUUGCCAAUCUGCAGUCUCGUCUUAUGAAGGACAAAAAUAAGCACAUAAAGAGCGCUAGCAAUAGUCUUUCUCGAAUUCGUUCCUCGACGAACGAUGAACAUUGUGACGAUCACACACAGAAAAAAAUGUCUUCGUCACCAUUUUCUAGUUUCCUGAACUCGCGAGUAUGAAUGUUUCUCUUAUGUUGUGUUCACACAAUGGCUUAACAUGUAUUGCCUUAAUAUCAAACACUUUUCACUCUGAAAUGGGUUCAUACGAGAGAUCGCUCGUUCCCAGACUCCACUUUCCCCUUGUUAAGUGAAGAGAGCCCCUGAGGUUUUCUCCUCAACAGGGGCUCCUUUGUGCCAGUAGGAGAAUGGGGAAAGGAAUGAGGAGAGGGUAAAAAUAGGUUCCGCAUGCAACACUCAGAUGUAUAUUCUGUUUUUCAUGGGCUGUUGAAUAACUAGCUUUUAUUUGAGUUUCUGCCUGUUUCUUGCCUUUUGUUUUUUGUCCUUGUUUUGUUUUGUUUUAAUUUUGCAAACCUGUUUUGUGUCUGAUGUGAGCACAACAUGAAUAUUCCAUUAAACUGCAGUCUUAAUAUGAAUUAAAAAGUGUAAAAUAAUGUUAAGUAAACUCGAAAAAUCGGUGGUUUUGUAAUUAUUUGAAGACCUACUAAUUACAUGCUUUUAAAAUCAUUUUCCCCAUGCAACCUCUCAAAAAAAAUUCGCCACGCCUACGUUAUUGAAAUUCUAGGGACAACAAAUGAGCUUUAAUAAUCGCGUCCUCGUAUUAUUUUAAUCUGUUUCAGCUAUAUGUUCCUAGUUCGACCCUUGAGGACUGAAUGAUUUAUUUUGAAUAUUUAAAUGUUCUUAUUCAAGUUACAUAAUGUGAAUACCUUAAAUGCCAUAAAUAUUUCAGAGAAUUCCCGCCCAAACGCAGGCGUUUUUAAAAAGCAAAGUAUCUGC